UGAUUCCCGCUUCCUGCUUCCCAGAGUUGGGGAUCCAGAGCGGCCGCCGGACUCGGACUCGGACUCGGACUCGGUCCCGCUGUCCCGCGCGAGCGGCGCCCACCCGCCCGCCGUCAUGUCGUUCCGCAAAGUGGUCAGACAGAGCAAGUUCCGGCACGUCUUCGGGCAGCCGGUCAAGAACGACCAGUGCUAUGAGGACAUUCGGGUGUCCCGAGUCACCUGGGACAGCACCUUCUGUGCCGUGAACCCCAAAUUCCUGGCGAUCAUCGUGGAGGCCAGCGGGGGAGGGGCCUUCAUGGUGCUGCCCCUGAGCAAGACCGGGCGCAUCGACAAGUCGUACCCCACAGUGUGCGGGCACACCGGCCCCGUCCUGGACAUCGACUGGUGCCCCCACAACGACGAGGUCAUCGCCAGCGGCUCGGAGGACUGCACGGUCAUGGUCUGGCAGAUCCCGGAGAACGGCCUGGUGGCGCCCCUGACGGAGCCCGUGGUGGUCCUGGAGGGCCACUCCAAGAGAGUGGGCAUUGUGACCUGGCAUCCCACAGCGCGGAACGUUCUCCUCAGCGCAGGCUGCGACAACGUGGUGCUCAUCUGGAACGUGGGCACGGCCGAGGAGCUGUACCGGCUGGACGACCUGCACCCCGACCUCAUCUACAACAUCUCCUGGAACCGCAAUGGGAGCCUCUUCUGCUCCGCCUGCAAGGACAAGAGCGUGCGCAUCAUCGACCCCCGCCGAGGCACGCUGGUGGCGGAGCGAGAGAAGGCCCACGAGGGAGCCCGGCCCAUGCGGGCCAUCUUCCUGGCCAACGGCAAGGUGUUCACCACGGGCUUCAGCCGGAUGAGCGAGCGGCAGCUGGCGCUCUGGGACCCGGAGAACCUGGAGGAGCCCAUGGCGCUGCAGGAGCUGGACUCGAGCAACGGGGCCCUGCUGCCCUUCUACGACCCCGACACCAAUGUCAUCUAUGUCUGUGGCAAGGGGGACUCGAGCAUCCGCUACUUUGAGAUCACGGCCGAGCCCCCCUACAUCCACUUCCUGAACACCUUCACCAGCAAGGAGCCUCAGCGGGGCAUGGGGCGCAUGCCCAAGAGAGGCCUGGACGUGAGCAAGUGCGAGAUUGCCAGGUUCUACAAGCUCCACGAACGCAAGUGCGAGCCCAUCAUCAUGACGGUGCCCAGGAAGUCAGACCUAUUUCAGGAUGACCUGUACCCAGACACGGCGGGGCCGGAGCCCGCCCUGGAGGCCGAAGAAUGGGUGAGCGGCCGGGACGCGGAGCCCCUGCUCAUCUCCCUGCGGGAGGCCUACGUGCCCAGCAAGCAGAGGGACCUCAAGGUCAGCCGGAAGAACGUCCUCCACGACAACCGCGCGGCCUCGGCCCCGGCGCCCUCCCGGGCGGGCGUCCCCACCCCCGCCUCCGCCGGCAGCGCGGUCGGCGCCCCCGGCGUCCCGGCCACUGGGGAGGCCGGCAAGCUGGAGGAGGUGACCCGGGAGCUGCGGCUGCUCCGGGCCCUGGUCAAGGAGCAGGGCGAGCGCAUCGGGCGGCUGGAGGAGCAGCUGGGCCGCAUGGAGAACGGGGACGUGUAGCCGGCCGGGGCCCCUCCCGGCUGGACCAUUUUAUACUUGUUACCCAGAAUUUUUUAUAUGUAUCCCAGGCAAGGAGCCCCCGAGGCACCCCCUCCCCCGCGAGCCCCCAAGACUUACCCAGACUCUGCUCUGCUGCCCUGAGCUCCCCUGGUGGAAGUUGUGGGCCCGACUCUAUUUUCAUUCCAAAUAAAAACCUUUCUAAGAA